UCGUAGAAAUCAGGUUUUUGUCUAGAACUCUAACCAAGGUUAGUAUGUGGAUUUCUGUACUCAUAUUCAGUGCUCGAGCUUUCUGUGCGCGGUUUUCAUAUCGAACUGUUCUGUUUGACUAGGCUCGUGAACGAGCCCCUGGCACCUUGCCCCAGAGGAAAGAGACACUCUUCCCACUUUACAUCGUUGAAGUUGAUUGCUGAUAUCAUCUUACUUUCUCGUUAUCUCUCUUCGAGUGAACCUCGACGAGGCGACAAAUCAUUGGUAGUGCGGAGCUUGGUUGAAGUGUUGUCUUGACUCAGCGCUAUUGAGAUGGCAUCAUCGAGCACGGGCCAAGGCGUCGAGUUUCAGAGGAUACCGACGUGGGACGGCAAAGCGGAGACCCUGGACGAGUACCAAGCUGAGGUAGAGCUGCUCACCCUGGCGACGAAGGAAGACGACAGGAAGCUGCUAGGACCAAGGCUGGUGCAGGCUCUCCCGAAGAAUACUGCGCACAGGAAGCUGGCCCUGCGACUUCCGCGGACGGAGGACACGCCCGACACGAUCGUAGGGGAAAAGGGCCCAGAGAACUUACUGAGGGCCUUUCAGAAGAGUUUGGGGAAGCAAGCAUCGAGUGACGUGGUGGACAAAGUGUUCGCUUAUUACUACGAUCGGAAGACGUCAGGCCCAAGAGUGAGGAAGCUUGGACAGACGAUUGGCCUCUACGCGGAGCAGGAGGAAGAUGCUUACCAGGAGAUGGAGAAGAGUGUCCGGGCCAUCUGCCCGGGCAUCGACGCGAUCGAUUUGAUCCCCGACGAGCUGCGUGGGAUCAUCUUCCUUGUGAAUGUUGGCCUCGACCCGAGCGAGCGCGCCACGGUGGUGGCGGGCCUCCACGACUGGUCCAUCGAAUCAGUGGUCGACAAGCUGAAGAACGUAUGGUCGGACAAGGACCUGGCUGCGAGGGACAACAUCGUGGCGAGGCGAAAGGACAUGAGGAUCCAGAGCACCCGCGACGGCCGUCGCGAUCGCUCGAAGGUCAAUUACCAGGACGACGAGGAAGAGGACGAGGCCUUCUUCGAGGGCAGCCACGAGGUCGACGAGGAGGACAUCUACUACGAAGAGGAGGCCGCCACCGAAGAGCAGAUGGAAGAUCUGGAGGCAUUCGCAGAGGAUGCAGAGGUGUACGCUCAGGACGCCCAUCGGACCUUCACGGAGGCCAAGAAGAUGCUGGCAGAGGCGGCCAAGAACAGGAGUGGCUACUUCCCAGUGGUUGGGAUAGGACAGCUCCCGGAGAAGCAGCAGCAGCGCGACGCACACAAAGCAGCUGUGACGGCGAAGUCGGCGCUGCGGCCCUCCAGGCCUCCAGGCCCACAAGGAGGGGAGCGCCGUGCUCCUCCCCCACCACAACCCGUGGGCCGCCGUCCGACAGGCAAGGGCAAGGGCCGCGGGAUCAAGUGCUUGAUCUGCCAGGGCCCGCAUCGGGCAGUUGAUUGCCCGAAGCGGCUCAGCACCGGAGCAGAUGGCAACAACAUGCAGAUGGCCUCAGGGCAGGUUGGCUUCGUGGACGCCGAGACUGACGAGACGAACUACAGCAACGAGGGUAUCCCGCCAGAGGAUGGCCAGGCGGGCUGGGUACACGAGGAGAUGGUCGGCUACGCGAUCAUCGACACCGGGGCCUCCAAGAGCAUGAUCGGCCUGGACCUCGCCGUUGCGAUCCAGGACACGAUCGUGGAGGAGACGGGCAUCGACCAGGUCACCAUGGACUACAGCAAGACGACGAAGUUCACAUACGCGGGCGGCGAGAAGGGCCAGUCCAUCGGGAAGUUCGGGUUCGAGCAUCCGGUGGCGCUCGUGGAAGACGACAACAAGCUGUGGUUCGAUCUCGUGGAGACCAAGUCCCCGAUGCUGCUCGGCCUUGACUAUCUCGAGAAGGCUGGAGCCGACCUCGUCAAGGACAGGUUGGCGCUCGUCUACCCCGACGGCCACGAGGAGCCAGUGGUGAAGCUGUCCAGCUCCCACUACGCACUGCCCGUCCUUUGAGGGUGCCCAGCCGGAGGCCGAGACAACGCCGAAGGAUUGGGAAAAGAGAGAAGUUGUCAAGUUUGUUCUCC